AGUUUCUGCCUCCAUUUUUAGAAGGUUCUGUCCCUGGAGCCUGGACUGAUAGACCCCACAUCAGCUUGGCUUAUCCCGCCUACUGUUCUGACUUCUGAUUGGCCAGAUGGAGUUCACUAACUGCCCUGAUUGGUCCAUCAUCCUGGCGCAGUGACAUUGCAGAAUAUUUUCUUCUCCUCCAGCCACACUUUGUCACCAACUGCUGCCAACUCGCCACCACUGCUGCCGACCUCGCCACCACUGCUUUGUCUCUGAAGUCAGACUGCUCCUGGUGCCAUGAACGGAGACGACGCAUUUGCCAAGAGACCCAGGGAUGAUGCUAAAACAUCAGAGAAGAGAAGCAAGGCCUUCGAUGAUAUUGCCACAUACUUCUCUAAGAAAGAGUGGGAAAAGAUGAAAUACUCGGAGAAAAUCAACUAUGUGUAUAUGAAGAGAAACUAUGAGACCAUGACUAAACUAGGUUUCAACGUCACCCUCCCACCUUUCAUGCAUAAUAAACAGGCCACAGACUUCCAGGGGAAUGAUUUUGAUAAUGACCAUAACCGCAGGAUUCAGGUUGAACAUCUUCAGGUGACUUUUGGCAGGCUCCAGAGAACCAUCCCGAAGAUCAUGCCCAAAAAGCCAGCAGAGGAAGGAAAUGAUUCGAAGGGAGUGUCAGAAGCCUCUGGCCCACAAAACGAUGGGAAACAGCUGCGCCCCCCGGGAAAAGCAAAUACUUCUGAGAAGAUUAAUAAGAGAUCUGGACCCAAAAGGGGGAAACAUGCCUGGACCCACAGACUGCGUGAGAGAAACCAGCUGGUAAUUUAUGAAGAGAUCAGUGACCCUGAGGAAGAUGAUGAGUAACUCCGUAAAUGAACCUUUGGCUCAUACCCCACAUCCCUGCAGAUGCUCAUACCCCACAUACCAUAUUCUGUUAUGGUACCGGUAUCCCAUCUUGUCAUUUGUUUCCCAAAUCAUUCUUUUCUCAUAAUUUUCUAGUGUACAGCAUUGAGGCUGAAUGAUGAGAUUUCCCAUGCUCUUUCUACUCCCUACCCUGUAUAUCCAGGGAUCCUCCCUACCCAGGAUGCUGUGGGUUCCCAAACCCCAGGUCAGCCCUGAUAUGUGGCCACACCUUCCUCUAGCCUAGGAAUGCAUAAACCAGACGAGGAAGUCACUGUGGCAUGAGCAGAGGGUUCACUUCGAGGAACCGUGGAAGGCGUGUGCAGGUCCUGAGGUAGGGCAGAAUCAGAGUGUGCAGGGUCUGCAGGUCAGGAGGAGUUGAGAGUGAGUUAUUGGGCAGUGGGAACUCGCUGUCACUUACUUUCCUUCUCUCUUCUCACCUCGGCCUUGGGGAUAUGACACAUGCCCUUGAUGAGAAGCAGAACGUGGUGACUUUUCAUGAACAUGGGCAUGUCUGCGGACCCUCAUCAUCAGGUGUAUAACAUGUGAAAGCAAGUGUUCACAACCGUGAAAAGUUGAGCAUCAUUUUUCUUCAUGUGACAAGAGUUCCAUGUUAGUGUUUCCGUUGUAUUUUCUUACAGUGUGCCAUUCUGUUAGAUACUAUCCUUAUCACUGAUGAGCAAGACGUAUUUAAUGCAUAUUUCGGUUUGUGUACCCAUGCACCUACGUCAGAAAACAAGUAUUGUCAGGUAUUCUCUGCAUAGAACAGCACUAUCCUCAUCUCUCCCCAGAUGUGACUACUGAGAGCAGUUCUGAGUGUUUAAUUUCAGACUUUUUCCUCUGCAUUUACACACUACACCACACACACACACACCAAGUACCAGUAUAAGCAUCUCCCAUCUGCUUUUGCCAUUGCCAUGCGUCCUGGUCAAGCCCCCCUCACUCUGUUUCCUGUUCAGCAUGUACUCCCCUCAUCCGAUUCCCCUCUAUCAGUCACUGACAGUUAAUAAACCUUUACAAACGUU